AUGAAGGUCUCCUCAGUUGGAACUCUGGCCGCUUUCCUGGCCAUCCAGCAGGCAUCUGCCCACUGGCCCAACCCAUUCUGCCUCUUGGACCCGAGCAAGUGUGACUGCACAUGCUCUGACGACCAAUAUACUGGCUGGGACUGGGGCAGUCUUUCCAUUGGAGCGUCUUUCGACUCCUAUGAUGGUUACGACUUCUCUGGUUUCACUUGCUCUAGCAAACAGCGCAGUGGUAGCUGGGGAAAGCGAGACUCGGAUAAAUGCAUCUCCGGCGACAUUCACAAGUCUGGCCACGGUUCCGCUCCUAGCAUCAGCUGUGGUGCCGACAAGAGCGGUUUCUCUAUUGGCUCCUUCAGCGUUUUCACCGACGUCGAAGUUGACGUCCUUUUCAACUAUGGCAUGCCCGACGGUUCCACUUGCCAGCACACCUCCAAGUGCCACCCCGAUGGUGGUGAAAUUUCCAACGACGCUUGCGGUGGUGCAACCUCGGUUAGCUGGAGUAUUCCAGACGACAGCGGCGUUGACUCCUGCGGCAUUGGUAUCUGGGGUAUCAGCUUUGACUGCCCUCCCCCAGGUGGACAUACCAGUGUUCCUGGCCACUCUUGGACUAUCCCCCCCGUGACUAUUCCUACUGACACAGCCACCUGGCCACCUCAAUCAAUUUCAAUUCCAGGCGGGUCUGUCUCCGUGCCCACCGACACUGCUACUUGGCCCACUUACUCGGUCACCGUUCCUUCUUACUCAGUGCCUAUCCCAUCAAACACUGGAACUGAUACUGUCCCAGCUGCUACUGGCACUGGCACUGGUACCCCCGGCGUUCCUUCACAGACUGUCCCGGGUGGUUCAGUGACUGCUAUUCCUCCACCAGCCCAGACAAGCCCGCAGAGCUACAUUACUUCUACCUUCUUCACUACGACAGAGGUUACUAUUACUAGCUGCGCUCCAACUGUCACCAACUGCCCAGCUGCGUCGCACACUGUCAUUACUCAGACCAUCGCUGUUUCAACCACAAUUUGCCCUGUCACUGCCACUGAGACUGGUCCUGCAGCCACUGCUACUGUACCAGCUGGUACCGCACCUGCCCCUGGCUCAGGAUCUGCCCCUGGUAGUGGUCCUGCACCUACUGGUCCUGCACCAGCCGGUACCGCCCCUGCUCCUGGUUCAGGAUCUGCCCCUGGUACUGGUCCUGCACCUACUGGCCCUGCACCAGCUGGUACCGCCCCUGCCCCUGGCUCAGGAUCUGGCCCUGGCACCGUUCCUCAAGUCGUUCCUCCCACCAUCGCCACCGGUGUCGGUGCAACGAACACAGUCACUGUCCAGCCUGGUGGCACCAGCGCCCCAGGUUCUCCCGGUUCUCCUGGUGCUCCCGGUGCUCCCGGUGUCUCCAUUCCCGGAGGAUCAAACGGUGCUACCACUCUUGCGACAACUGUCGGUGGUGCUGGGCCGACAGGUGGAGUGAAACCCACAUCUACACAUCCGUCAACAUUGGCUCCUUUCACUAACGCCGCUGUUCCUGGCGCGACUGUCUCGAGCCAAGGAUUCAUGCUUGCCGGAGUCAUGGGAUUGCUUGCUGUUUUUGCCUAG